AUGACUGACCGCUUAGUACAGCUGUCGACAUUGUUUCGUACGAAGAAGUGGAUAUCGUCCCUGAAGAGUACCGAUUCGGAAACCAUGGGCUCCAAUGAUGAAAGUGUCCUUAACGCUUCAUCUGUCAACUACGACAGCCAGAGGAUGCGUACCUCGAACGGUGGCGAAUGGGGAUCUUGUAUUGGCGAGACUCUUUCGCCCAUCAGUGACCUGACUUUCCACCUCACCAAGCAGAGGUAAAC